AUGUCGACAACGGGAACCUCGCGAGUCAAAAGAAAAGGUAGUUCACUACUGCAAACACCAAACGAAAAAGGCGCUAAGGAUGACAACACAACAGGAACUCCGCGAGCCAAAGAGAAAGGUAGUUCACUACUGCAACCGUCAAACGAAAAAGGCACUAAGGGUGGCAACACAACAUGGGUCUUGACGAUAUUGUUCUCACCGUACAAAACCUAUGAUUAUCAUAUCAAAACUCGCAGCUUCGUCUCCAAGAAACUCGCUCAAGAAGCAAUGAAAAGAGUAGCGCAACGCAUAUACAAAAAAUCGAUCAACCAGGAAGGUAAUGACAUAUACUUUAAAGAAAGCUCGAGGGAGAUAAAAUUUGGAGAAAGAUUGAAUACUGAUGAUUAUAGGAGAGAUUUCGGUUUCUGUAAAAUUGAACCCACUAAAGUAGAAGACGAAGAAAGUGGGGAAGACGUGCCAUCAGGUAUAGAUGACGCAGGCGAAGAUGAAGAUUGA